AUGGUCGUUGAAGCCCCAUCUUCAUCUAUCCAUGCUAGUGGAGACAUCGUUGGAACUAGAAUCCCAAUAGUUCCCGAAGGUGAUGGAUUUGAUCAUCAUAAAUUGGUAGUUUCAGAAAUUGCUCACAUCAUACGUACUCAUUUGAAUGAGGGAAAACCGUCAUGGAAGAAAUUAUCAAAAGAGCAACGAGAUUCUUUCUUUGAUCUAUUUAAGCAAAAGUUUACCUGGCCACCCGAGCACAAGGUUACAGUGCGGCGCAACUUUGAAAAAAUAAGUGCAGCUAAGAUGUCUCAAUUAAUGCAAGAUGUUCGGAGAGAUUUAAAGUAUAGGCCGGAAUGGAUGGGAGAGGAGGUGUGGAAGAAACUAACGGUACAUUGGAAUUCCUCCAAGUUCAAAAAAGUAUCUGCAACAAAUAAAAGAAAUCGUUGUUCUAUGGAUGGUGCAUCUCUUCACACUAGAGGAUCUAUUCCUCAUCGUUUGCAUUGGAAAAGAAUGAAAAAGGAAAAGGGCGUCGAUCCAUCAUUGACUGAAUUUUAUUUUCGCACUCAUCAAAAAAAGGAUCAAAGUUGA